AUGAGGCUCAGGUUUGAGGAUCAACUAUAGAGGGAAUAGUGUACCCUGCGACCACAGAGAAAAGGAGGCAGUUUUAUUUAGAGCGAAACAGAGUUAGCUUGAUUUCAGCGUAAUAUUUAUAUUUAUUUGUAAAAACAGUCGCAGCCAUGAUGAACGGAGAAAUUAACGGUUUCCACAACUCCCUUAUCGAGGAGGACUGCUUCUUGUUCACCUCAGAGUCGGUGGGAGAAGGACACCCCGACAAAAUCUGUGAUCAGAUCAGUGAUGCAAUCCUGGAUGCCCAUCUCAAGCAGGACCCUGAUGCCAAAAUUGCAUGUGAAACUGUUGCCAAGACGGGGAUGAUCCUGUUGGCAGGUGAAGUGACAUCGCGUGCUGUGGUGGAUUAUCAGAAAGUUGUGAGAGACACCAUCCAUCAAAUCGGAUAUGAUGACUCAUCCAAAGGCUUUGACUACAAGACCUGCAAUGUUCUCGUGGCUCUAGAGCAACAGUCUCCUGACAUUGCUCAAGGUGUUCACAUUGAUCGAAGUGAGGAGGAUGUUGGGGCUGGGGACCAGGGUUUGAUGUUUGGUUACGCAACUGAUGAGACUGAUGAGUGCAUGCCUCUCACAGUUAUUCUUGCCCACAAGCUGAAUGCUAAGCUGGCUGAACUGCGGCACAAUGGCACUCUUCCAUGGCUGCGGCCAGACUCAAAAACACAGGUUACUGUGCAGUACCGCCAAGAUCGUGGUGCCAUGCUCCCUGUGCGAGUGCACACCAUUGUCAUUUCUGUCCAACAUGAUGAAGAAAUCUGCCUGGAGGAGAUGAGGGAUGCACUGAAAGAGAAGGUUAUUAAGACUGUUGUUCCUUCUGUCUACCUGGAUGAUGACACCAUUUACCACCUGCAGCCCAGUGGGCGCUUCGUCAUUGGAGGGCCUCAGGGAGAUGCUGGCCUCACUGGACGUAAAAUCAUCGUGGACACCUAUGGCGGCUGGGGAGCCCAUGGUGGUGGUGCGUUCUCUGGAAAGGAUUACACAAAGGUGGACCGCUCUGCUGCCUAUGCUGCACGUUGGGUGGCCAAGUCCCUGGUAAAGGCUGAACUGUGCCGAAGAGUGCUGGUGCAGGUGUCCUAUGCCAUUGGCGUUGCCCAUCCCCUCUCCAUUUCCAUCUUCCAUUACGGAACCUCCAAGAAGAGUGAGAGGGAACUGCUUGACAUUGUGAAGAAGAACUUUGACCUCCGUCCUGGAGUCAUUGUCAGGGAGCUGGAUCUGAAGAAACCGAUUUAUCAGAAGACUGCAGCCUAUGGCCACUUUGGCCGAGACUCCUUCCCAUGGGAGGUGCCCAAAAAACUCAAAUACUAAACCUGUUAAGCUUUUCCCCCCAGGCUUGUUGGUGUAUACUACAGAGAAGCCUCCAAGGUUCCAGGGGUGAAAUGCACUUCUCUUUUCUCGCUCUUCUUUCUCUUACCCGUGCUCACAUGAAUGACACAUGACUCCCUGCUUCUCUUCCAUUUUUAUCUUGUUAGUUUUCUGGUGGUUGCACAGUUGUGCAGGGUUCUAGGAGGAAUGCCUCAGAAACUUGAUGUUUUUAAAGUGUAGGAUGAGUUCCAUGAACUCAUGUAUAAAUGAGCUUCAUGUUUUUCUAUCGAGGUUCCCCUGCUUCUUGUUGUGAUGGUAGCAGAAUAGCUGCAUUCACUCGUUCUCCAUUGGCAUUCCAGUCUUGUCUCUAUUGUAAGUCUUCAGUGUGGUGUCACUACAGUAGCAUAUCUGGCAAUAUGCGCUACCCUUAACUUUCUGGUGCUACUGAAUGUAAGGAGUCUGCGUGACAUCUAAACUUCUGGUCCAUUCAGAUGCCUAAUUUAACAGUUGGAGAGCCUUUGUCUGACACAAUCCCCUUUUCAGUUCAACUUCUUCCACAUUCCUUCUCUUCAGUUUUGGAAUGUUAUUCCUUGACCUCAUGAUUUUUGUUGGCUUUGUUCACCUUGUGGCUGGAAUAGCACAAUUAAAAUUAAAGGGUUGUUACUCCUUACUAAAAAUGCUAUGCAUUGCAGGCUAUGGAGAAAGCCAACUCCCAAUCAUACAAGCUCAAAGGAGCAUAAGGCCUGAAACUCCCCCUGCAGACCGUUGCUGUUUUCUGACGUAAUACAGAAAAGUCAGAAGCUGCUAUGUCACUGCUUUGGUCUGCACAGGGGUUGGAUAUACUUGAUGGGUAUUGGGGAAAAUUUGCUUGUUUUCCUACAGUGAAAAUCAAUUUUAACUUUUUUUUUUUUUAUGUAUCCCAUGAGUUUUUAUGGUCUGAAAGUAACUAUUCUUGUGCUCCUUGAGUUUAUUGAUGGCAGGUGUAGCUACAGAGAAACCUGUUUUCCAUCCUUAGCUUAAAGGCGCGUGGCCUUUGCUGCAGAGUCUUAUUGGCUAGGAAAUAAAAACCUCAACACUAUAAUUUAUUUGUUCUCUGAAACUUGGCGUAGAUACAGAGAAGCUGAUGUUUCAGAAGGCAGCUUUAAACACAUUUUGAUUUACUGAAUUGUGAAUCAUUUUUGACUUGAUCAUUUCAGUGUUUGGCUUGAGGCCCCAGAGUGUUGUACAGAAAAGCUUUGGUCGGCCUCGAAGCUUCACUGGCAACUGUAAAUGACUAUUUUACGUUUUUAUUUCUGAAUUGGGGAUCUUUUUAGGUGGGUUGGCCUUGAAGUCCUGUUAAACUACCAGGUGCUUUUUUUUUAUUUGGCUCUUUUCCAUCAUUAAUGUGAUGGCAACAUUUGGCUGGUGUGGUACAGAGAAACCAGCCUUGUUUACAUCGCCAUCCCAUGAUCUGGAUAGUUUGUAGUUUUGUUCCCUUUUGCCACUUGGUGGUUAGUCGAUUGGAUACAGUAAGCAUAAGAGUGCCUUUUUUUUUUUUUUUUUUUCAGUCUCAUUUGCUUUUUCCCUCCUCACCAACUUGCAUUCAACUUCCAGAGAAACAAGUAGCUCAUACUGCAAUGUCCACCAUGUCCCAAUUGGGUAGUUUCCUGAUGAUCUGUAAUAAAAAAAAGCUACUCAUCUUAA